UGACGAGGAACGACCCAAGUUGGAGAGGAAAACCACGAGUUUCUGGGGGCUCCUUCCGGCCAGAAGCACAAUCUUGGUCGCCUCAGAGGAUGGAACCUUUGAGACAAAGCGCAAGCGGAAGAUUGCUUGUUGGGCGACCCUCCUGUCACACAUGGCUGGCUUUGCACACAUCCGAUGCAGCCUGGACCUGCAGCAGCUGGAGGUCUUCAAGGGUGGUGCGAUGGCAAUUGUGCCCACCAUCAUCAACGCCUUGCUACUGGUGGUCAUCUUCAAGCUGUCUGACUCUUUCAGAAGGCGCUUUGAGCAGAAGCCUGCCUCCAAGGGGUUUCACCUUUGGGAGAUGGGUGCAGAGGAAGCAGAAGACGAUAUUGCUGCCAUCGGCAUUUCCUUCUCUUCAGUUGUGGUGCUACGUUACGCCUUCACCAAGCAGAUGGCCAAUGUCCUGGGUUUGGAGCUUCCGGUGGUGGAUCAUGCGAUGUAUGCAAAGAUUGCCAUAGGUUGUGCAACUCUGAUCUUCGCAUUAAUCUCAAUUCUCAUUCUGGUCUGUCUCACUAAGUUUCGAAGCCCAAAGAAAGGACAAGGAUAUGAAAGGGCACAAGAAGGACAAGAAGCAGAAGGAAGGUUUGCGAUUGUGGAAGACAGUCAGCGCAGGGACUACUUGACGAGAUGGAUCUUGAUUGCCAGCAGCACUUUUGCGACCGCCGCCUCAUGGUGCGGAUUGUAUGCAUCGAAGUGGUUUUUGUAUGGAAUUGAAAUCAAAGAAGACGAGCACACCAAUCCCAACUCUUGCAUUUCUCGCGUAGUCCUUGCCCUGCUGGUCUCUUUUGGCAGUUUCGUUAUG